UCAUCUAACGACGUUCGUCAAGCCACUAACCCACCGGUUUCCCGCGAAUAUAGAAUUGCUUCUCCUCCACGGCCCACCGAUUCAACUCAAUCAAAAGCCUACGAUGUUUAUCCUCCGAGUUCACUCAGUGGACGUCGACCACCCUCUCGCUCUCGAGGAGGCCGCCUUCUCCACCGUGUCAACUACCCCAAUCCAGUCAAACCCUACCCAUAACCCUAAAUACAGUGAAAGAAGAGGGGUAGUGCACCUUUAUCGAAACGCAUCGCAGAGCUCAUUACCAAACCCUAGCUCUCGAUCCACUUCUCUCUUCAUCGUAGCUGUCCCCAACUAUCUCUCCGCCGACGACUUUAUCCGUUUCUGCGAGUCCCACAUUGACAAGGUCCAUGAGCUCCUCUUCAUCAGGAACGAUGGGAUGGAAGAUCGGUACAGCGUGUUAAUCAAGCUCAGUGAUCAGGUGACAGCUGAUGGAUUUUAUGGCAACUUCAAUGGGAAGCGAUUUUCCCCUGGAGAGGCUGAGAUAUGCCAUAUUCUAUUUGUCCUUAAUGUGGACUACACUGAGGCUGCUGAGAUAGCCAGCACCCCUCCAGCAGGAUUCACUGAGUUGCCUACUUGUCCAAUUUGCCUUGAGAGAUUGGACCCCGACACUAGUGGAAUACUCAGUACACUUUGUGAUCAUUCAUUUCAAUGUUCAUGCACUUCAAAGUGGACCUAUUUGUCUUGCCAGGUCUGUCGACUUUGUCAGCAGCAGGAUGAGAUACCAGUUUGUUCUGUUUGUGGAACAUCAGAGAAUUUGUGGGUUUGUCUAAUAUGUGGUUUUGUGGGAUGUGGAAGAUAUAAGGAACAGCAUGCUAUAAGGCAUUGGCAAGAUACGCAACAUUUUUAUUCUCUUGAUUUAAGGACACAGCAAAUUUGGGAUUAUGUUGGUGACAACUAUGUUCAUAGACUGAACCAGUCAAAAGCUGAUAGCAAAUUGGUAGAUAUGAACUCUCGCUGUAUGUCGCUCGAGGGAGAUUAUGGCACUUGUGGAUGUAGUGAGGAUUCUGGAAUUAAUGGGGCUCUCUUUAGCAGCAAAGUUGAAACAAUUGUAGAUGAGUACAAUCGUCUUCUUGCGAAUCAGCUGGAAGCUCAAAGACAACAUUAUGAAUCUCUAAUUGCAGAUGUUAAAAGUAAACGGGAAAGUUCCAUUCAAGAAGUGGUGGACAAGGCUGUCACUUCCACAAUGCAGGACAUCCAAACUAAAUUGGAAAAAUGUGAACAGGAAAAAGAUGCUGUUGCAGAGAUCAACCGAAGUCUCAUAAAGAAUCAAGAAAUUUGGCGUAGGAAGGUUAAGGAAGUUGAGGAGAGGGAAGCUUCAUCCCUGCGCUCAAGGGACGAGAGGAUACUCGAUCUUGAAGAACAGAUUCGAGAUCUUACAGUCUACAUUGAAGCCCAGAAGACGCUUAACAACAUGACAGAUACAAAUGAUAUUCGAGGAGGGACACUUUUGCCAGUUCCAUCAAAACAGUCAUCCCCAGCUAACAAUAAAAGGCACACAAAGCCAGGUCGAAGGCGAACUUAGAUAAUCAUCCCUCUUUUCGGAGACUUAUGACCUUUUGUAUUUUGUAUAGUUGAAAACUGCUUCAUUUGUUGGAAUGUUGCCCAUAUCAACUGAAUAGUUUAGACAGGGAAGUGGCAUGGUUAGGUUCUCUUUUUUUU